UGCUUCUAACAUAAAAAGAGAAAAAACAGAAUGACUUCAACCCGGAUCUUAUACACAUUGAAGGAAGGGAUUUUUCACCCUUUUUCUUUUCACAUUUUGUUCGUUCCCGUUAUCUCUUUUGAAGCAAAAAUGGGGAGAGCGGAGUGGCUUAUUGAAGUUGAUGAAGAACUGAAAACCAUGGUGGCCUCAGAGACAGAGAUGAAACAUUGGAUGAAACGAUCAAUCUAUAAAGUACCUCCCAACAUCACUGAUCUAAACAACAAAGCUUACAUCCCUCAAGUUGUCUCUUUCGGCCCUUACCAUCAUGGCCAUCCUCAUCUUAACCCCAUGGAAGAUCACAAACAACGAGCCCUCCUUCAUUUUCUCAAGAGAUCAGGCAAACCACUACAAUUGUUUGUUGAAUCUUUAGAUAAAGAUUUACAGCAGCUUAGAGAUUGUUAUGAGUUGCUUGAUCCAAUGUGGCAAGAUGAUGAUCACAAGUUUAUGCAGUUGAUGAUUCUUGAUGGUUGUUUCAUGUUGGAAAUCUUGUGUUUUGAUACUCAUACAAUGGAAGAUUAUGCUGAAACCGACCCAAUCUUUAGCAAUCAUGGGAAGAUACAUAUUAUACCAUUUAUUAAACGAGAUAUGUUAAUGCUCGAGAAUCAAUUGCCAAUGCAAGUUCUUCAUAGCUUAGUUGCUGUUGAUAGCAAUGGAACCAAGGAUGAAGAAUUUGUGAACAAACUUAUACUCAAGUUCUACUCCUCCAAUACGCCUGUCUCAUGUGUGGGAAGUUGCUUACACGUAUUGGAAGUGUAUCGAAAGAGUCUCCUUCCGGACAUUCCAAGUCAUCGACAACAAAGAAAACGUCACUGGUAUCGCAGACCACACUACGAAGAUGGGGAUGACAUCAUUAGAUCCGCAAUGGAGCUCAAUGAAGCCGGAAUCAGAUUCAAGAAAAGUAAAACUAUUAGUCUCAAGGAUAUAACAUUCCGUGGAGGGAUCCUUAAGCUACCAACUAUCAUCAUAGAUGAUGCCACGGAAUCCAUGUUUCUAAACCUAGUAGCAUUCGAGCGUUUGCAUGUUGGGGCAGGUAAUGAGAUUUCAUCCUAUAUACUUUUCAUGGACAACAUUAUAGACAAUGAGAAAGAUGUGGCCCUUUUACACUCAAAAGGGAUCAUUCAAAAUGCACUUGAGAGUGACAAAGCAGUGGCUAACAUGUUCAACUCAUUGUCAAAAGACAUCACGUUGGACCCAAAUAAUAACCUAGAUGAAGUAAGGAAGAUGGUGAACAGGUAUUGUAAGAAACCAUGGAAUGAAUGGCGUGCUAAUCUCAUUCACACUUACUUCACAAAUCCAUGGGCUAUUCUUUCUUUGAUUGGGGUUAUCUUUCUUUUUGCACUCACAAUAGCACAAACUAUAUAUUCUAUAUUGUCUGUCUACAACAACUAGUUUAACAAGCCCACAUCUAUAUGUUAUAAGUCUGUAUGUUCUUUCGACAAUAUUGUAUAAAGCGGUUGUGGAUUUUGUUCUUUUCAUUCAAAGUUAAUGGUAUUGUUUCCAAUUUGCUCUUUUUACCAGAUUUGUCAUAAAUAAGUAUAUUAUAUACAGCCAAAAAAAAGUUUUAGGUCUAUCUGGCUGUUUUUUCACAAUCGGAGGAUUUGGGUUGUAAGUAGAUGCUGGCCAAGAGAUUUGACCUUUAAUUGGAUUAACGGCUUCUUUGUAAAUUGCCUUUUGUGUCUCAAUAGUGUAACAUGCAUCCACAUAAGCUUACGGUUUCUCUUUGUUGAACCAAAUGGCCAAAAUGCUCUAUAUGUUAUAAGUCUGUAUGUUCUUUCGACAAUAUUGUAUAAAGCGGUUGUGGAUUUUGUUCUUUUCAUUCAAAGUUAAUGGUAUUGUUUCCAAUUUGCUC